GUCAACAAACGAUGGCCGUUGAAGCUCACCAUCUUAAUCCUCUGUUUUCUUCCAACAGAGAAAUGAUUCAUCCCGUUGAAGCAAACGGCUUAGUCUAUAACACCCAGAUGAGAUACGGCACCGUUCCGACAUUUAACCCUACCGUAGAAUGUCAAACUUCUCUCUUUAAUCCAAUCUACAACAUCUCACCAGUUGAUGGUUUGGUUCAUCAAUCCAUGAAACCAACGAUACAAUCCGUUGAUAGUUCUGUCACAUUCAACAGCGAGAAUAACAACGUCGACUUUCUUUGUCCUGUGUCGUCGAGAAAACGUUCCAGAGAAGAAUCCGUUGUUUUAAAUCCUUCCGCUUAUAUGCAAAGCCAGAAAAAUCCCACCGAUCCUCUCAUGUUCCUUGGCCAAGACUUGUCUUCUAACGUCCAACAACAUCAUUUCGAUAUCGAUCGUUUGAUCUCUAAUCACGUUGAGAGAAUGAGAAUGGAAAUUGAAGAGAAGAGAAAAACACAAGGUAGGAGGAUAGUGGAAGCCGUGGAACAAGGUUUGAUGAAGACACUAAGAGCCAAAGACGAAGAGAUAAAUCACAUAGGGAAACUAAACCUAUUUCUAGAAGAGAAGGUUAAGUCUUUGUGCGUAGAGAAUCAGAUAUGGCGUGACGUGGCACAGUCUAAUGAAGCCACCGUAAACGCCCUCCGUUCCAAUUUACAAGAAGUUCUCGCUGCGGUAGAGCGUAACCGGUGGGAGGAGCCGCCCACGGUGGCUGACGACGCGCAGUCUUGUUGCGGUAGCAACGACGAAGGCGAUAGCGAGGAAGAGCGGUGGAAGUUAGCGGGAGAGGCGCAGGAUACGAAAAAGAUGCGUAGGGUAGGGAUGAGUAUGUGUAGAAGCUGUGGGAAAGGAGAAGCAAGUGUGUUACUGUUACCGUGCAGACACAUGUGUCUAUGUACUGUGUGUGGUUCUUCACUCAACACUUGUCCCAUUUGUAAAUCUCCAAAGACCGCUAGUCUACAUGUUAAUCUUUCCUCUUAGUCUAACCAAUACCAGUAAAAUUGUAUAUGUCCG